CGUGGGGGUCUCUCCCCACAGCCCCCCCCGGCCAAGUACGGGGGGCGUCACACGGUGACGCUGAUCCCGGGCGACGGCAUCGGCCCCGAGCUGAUGCUGCACGUCAAGGAGGUCUUCAGGCACGCCUGCGUUCCCGUGGAUUUUGAGGAGGUUCGGGUGAAUUCAGAGGCUCCCGAGGACGAUGUGCAGAACGCCAUCACGGCCAUCCGGCGCAACGGCGUGGCGCUCAAGGGGAACAUCGAGACCAACCACAACCUCCCCCCGAGCCACAAAUCCCGCAACAACCUCAUCCGGACCAGCCUGGAUCUCUACGCCAACGUCAUCCACUGCCAGAGCCUGCCCGGGGUGGAGACGCGGCACCGCGACAUCGACAUCCUCAUCGUCAGGGAGAACACCGAGGGCGAGUACAGCUCC